CUCCUUGACCCGCCUCGCUCCUCCUCAUUUGCAUUAUAGCUACAGACACCAAAACAGCGCAUUUGGGGGAAGCUCAAUGUGCGACUAGCUCGGAGUGGCUGUAAUUAAAGAAUACAUAAAAUAGCAUGUCAUGGGACCUUUAAGAGAGCAAAUGGAACAUUUUAAGGAAGAGACUUGUCUUCAUAAUAGGAAGUAUCUCCCUUUCUCUUGUCUACACCUACCGAAACACACACACACACACACACACACACACACACACACACACACACACACACACACACACACACACACACACACACACACACACACACACACACACACACACACACACACACACACACCAGUAAAUAUUUCAGAACGAAUGAAGUUUGACAGAGGGAAACAAUGCAUGUAGCUUCAGUCUGAGCUCCCCUAGCACACUGGCUAGAGGUCAUAUUUGGAUUGGACUUUAUCCUUUCAACAUUGGACAUCGGAGGAUGAAUACAAACAGGACCUAUGAUUUCUCCGUCAGGAAUACAACUGAGAUAUUCACUGAUUCAGUUGACAGAUUGAACUGGACUACUGAAUAUGUCGGUACAGUUGAACCCUCCCCUUAUUACUAUGACUACAACGACUUUCUGGAAGAAAUAGUAACGUGCGACUACGGGCGGCCCGCAACCAUCUAUCUACCGGCUCUGUACUCUCUCCUGUUCAUCCUGGGCCUCUCAGGAAACGUCCUGGUGGUGUGGGUGAUCGUGGCUGGCAUGCGGCUCCGCAGCAUGACCGACGUCUGCCUUCUCAACCUGGCCCUCGCCGACCUUCUGCUACUCAGUUCCCUUCCCUUCCUGGCCCACCAAGCCAGAGACAACUGGAUCUUUGGGGACGCCACGUGCAAGGUGGUGUUGGGAACCUACCAUGUUGGUUACUACUCUGGCAUCUUUUUCAUCACCCUCAUGAGCGUCGACAGAUACCUUAUGAUAGUGCACGCCGUUUUUGCCAGAAAGAUGCGCACAAGGUCCUUUGGAGUAUUGGCAGCCGUGGUGACAUGGGUGGCUGGGCUGCUGGCCUCGUUCCCGGAGGUGGGCUUUCUACGAGCACAGCGGUAUAACAACACAGUGUUCUGUGCCCCUUCAUUUGAACAUACCUCCGAAGACGAUAGCAGCAACUGGUGGAUGGUUUUCGGCCUGUUAAAAAUGAACAUCCUGGGCUUGGCAAUUCCGUUGGUCUUCAUGACCUUCUGCUACAGCCAGAUCGUGCGGACGCUCCUGUCCAGCCAGAAGUCUAGGAAGCAGACAAUUCGUAUGAUCGCGUUGGUGGUGUCUGUGUUCUUUUGCUGCUGGCUGCCCUUCAACGUCACGUGCUUCUUCCAUGCCUUAGAGCUGAUGGGCAGCUACUCAUCGUGCAACAGCAGCCGUCACAUACGGAUGGUGUUGCAGGUGACGGAGGUGAUCGCAUACGGCCACAGCUGCAUCAACCCCAUGCUCUAUGUGUUUGUCGGGAAAAGGUUCAGGACGCAGCUGCUCAAGCUGAUAGGCAGAUCCCCAUGUAUUCAAAGGCUCAGGGGCUUCAUGUCUUCAGAGAACUAGCCAUAAUGAGCCAAUAGUUGUGUGUUGUCCAACAGUUUUCAAUGCCAAGGACUACACUCAAAACAAAGGGGGAUGGAGCAUUUGCUGUCAGGGCUUCUUCCCUGUGGAACGGUCCUGAGGAAAUCAAGGUUGCAGAGUUCCCUGUUUGAUUACACAUUUAAAGGAGACAUAUUACAGUGUUUUCACAACAAGUAAACAUAGUAUUUGAGUUCCAGAAACAUAUUUUUGAAGCUGUUUGCUGUAAAUAGCUUUUAGGAAAAAAAAUAUUUCUGGUGUCUGUAGCGUUGAUGCAAAAGAGCUGCUGCCCAAUUAGCUGUCAGACUGAACCACAGCAUGGAGAAGGGAUUGUUGCCGUUUGCUGACAACUGGAGCUGUAUAUCUAUUUAAUAUAAUAUAACAUAAUAAUAAUAUUAUAUACGGGUAUUUUUAUAAUCUAACAUCACGGCCCAAAGCUAUGUGCGCCUCGGAUGAUAUUAUGAAUAAUAAAGACUGUGUCUGAGGUCUCUAGUACUUCCACAAGUAAAGACUCGUAGUGGGGGAUAUAAGAAUUGGGGGUAGGAACUUUGGCUUUGACUCUCCAUGAACCGCGACAUGGCGAAGAAAAGGAUUGUACUCCGGGAACUGAGCUGACGGACUGCCUCCCAGCUCCCCGCGCCGGAGCUGCCGGCCGCCGUCGUAGCCGUCCGGCCGCAGUCCAGCAGUGUACUCCGGGAGCUGAACUGGCGCCGAAGCUAGGUGGCAGCUCCAGCGGACUAGCAGCUCCGGCGGACGAGCAGCUCCGGCUGGGGUAGCUCGGCGGCAGUCAGGCAUCUCAGCUCCGGGAGUACAAUCCCUUUCUACUCCAUGUCUCCUCCACCCGACUUCCCUUCGGCGGCAGCUCCUGCGGGUUGAGCUCGGUGCCAGAGAAAGGGAUUGUACUCCCGGAGCUUAGCUGCAGGGCUAGCGCCGAGUUCCCCCCGCCGGAGCUGCUCGUCCGCAGGUCCACAAAAUAUUAGCGAUGCUCUGAUUGGAGGGGAGUGGGGAAGUGGGAGGUAAUAUUCAAAUGUGCCCCCUUCCUACGUAGGAGGGGGCGCCGAAACUGACUUGCUCGUUUGGUAGCUGGAGGCGGGCUGCUUCCAGAAAUGCGUAUCUCACUCAAAAAAUCAUGCACAGACUUAUUUCAAAGUUUGUAUGCGUGUGAGAGCACCAUCUGCCCACAACAACACCCCAAAUCCCAGGAAAAGUGCUGUUUUAAUAAUAUGUCCCCUUUAACAUUAUGCUAUUCACAUUUGCUUUCCUGACAUCUAACUGUUUUAACAUGUGUUUUAUCAUUUACUUAUUUUUCGUAUUUUAAUCAUCCAGUUGCAUGUAACUAUCAUUUUUGCUCAGAUGAAUGAGAUAAUUUAUGUUUCAGCUUAGAAUUGCUCAUACAACCUUUAAUAAUUGACUUGGUGGGAAAUACAGAUCAAUGCCAUGAUAAAGAAGGCUAAAAGAAUGUCUGCCUGGGUGUUUAAUGUAUUCAAAUGCAGAGAUACAACCACAAUGAUGACACUCUACAAGAGCAUGGUCAGGAGCGCAGUUGAGUACUGCUGCCCAUUGUGGCUCCCGUCAAAGGUUGGUCAUACCCAGAAGAUCGAGGCCCUUCAACGAACCUUCACUGCUAGACUUGCACAAUGCCAAGACAUGAAUUACUGGGAGAGACUCAAAAGCCUGAAACUCAUGUCACUCCAAAGGCAAAGGGAGCGCUAUGUCAUCAUGACUAUGUGGAAUAUUCUCAAUGGACACCAUCCUAACAACAUGGGGAUCGAGUUUCCAAGCUCUAAACGCAACGGGAUCACCGCAAAGCUCCCAAAACUCUCGAAAUCGGGCAAGGCGAAACACUAGACGAUGUACGAUACAUCUUUCGCAGUACUCGGGCCCAUGCUGUGGAACCUCAUCCCAGCCAAUGUAUCCUCGGGGAAGGACCUCGAAGACUUCAAAAUCGAGCUCAAUAAGGACUUCCUCUCCAAAAUGCCCGACAAGCCACCUGUCAAGGGCUACUCUUGCGAGAACAACAACUCUCUCCUGGAAUGGUGCUCUAGUGGAGCGCUGCUGGGUGGUCGGAUAUGCUGAUGGCUCUGUUCAAGACAAAAUCCUAAAAAAGAAAGAAAAAAAAGAAAAGGAGGAUUUCUAUCGCAUUUUUCAGUUCUUCAAAAUUGCUUCCCUUUUCCAUUUAAAAUGGUCAACUUGCUUUUUGUUUCCUUUUCUCAAUAAUUUCCAGGGCUUAUAGCUCAUUUAAUUCAUGAGGGACCUCAAAUCUUCUAUGACUUUAAUCUUCGAUAGAAAGACAUCUAGCCAAUGUCUUCUUAAACAGUUGAAUUGUUGUGUUUUGAAAAUUGUGCAGAAAGCCAAAAGGUUAUAAAAAACGAUUUGCUAUGUUUUGCUUCAUCAUUUUUUAUCCACUCAUUUUCAUAGUAGUGCCCAUUCUAAGCUGUCAGUCUAGUAGGAUGCACAACGGCCAAUAUCUUAUCUUGUGCUGAUAAAAAUGAUUAUCUCCU